AUGUACGGCCACCUCAGUGUGACAGACGGGAGUCCAGUGUCAGUGGGCCGAGUCUCAGAUGAUGCAUGCAGAUAUGCAAUUUCGGACACUGAAGAAAAGGGAUACACGACUUUCCAAGUUGAGGGGGACGAGAUCCAUCUGAAGAGAUACAAUGUGGCACGUACAUGGGACGGAGCCUUAGAGAUGUGCAGGUCUGACGGCGCCACACUGGUCAAGAUAGACACCGCGGAGAAACAGGACAUCGUCAGAGGCUUGUUCAACUUCAAGUACUACACAAACAAAAAGGAGCCCUGGAUUGGACUGCGGGACACAACCAGGUCAAACGUCUACAGAUGGACUGACGGUUCCGUCCCGACGUACACGAACUGGCACAAAGGGGAGCCAAGCUUUACAUAUGAAGGCCAUGACGAGGACUGUGUCCUGAUCCAGAUGUCUGGGUCUGCUUGGAACGAUGAUGACUGUAGUAAAAUACGCUGGUUUGUGUGUGAAAUGUGA